AUGACUCUUACCAACACUGAGAUUGUUUGGACAAACAAUCACUUUUGUAGAAUGAAGACCUUGGACUGCUGUGGUGAUUUCCCUAAUGUGCCCCUCAUUGGUACAAAAGGAGCAAUCAACUAUAGCCCCGUGUUAGCUCGUCGUCAAUUUGGGUUUCCUAUGGACAAGAGACCAAGGAGCAAUUUAUUGGAGGGAUUCUUUCUGGAAGAAAGAGCUGAGAACAAGGAGUUUAGAGAAAGGAUUGCUAAUGCUUGGCACCCAAGCCAUAGAAGAGAAAUCAAAGAUUGGAAGACCAAAGGAGAUCUCUCCCCUAAGCCUUUUGAUAGUUGGGUCACUACCGGAGCUGCUGAAAUGAGAAUGCCUAUUCUCCCUGGAACAUCUUCACCCCCAAUUGAGGAGUAUGUUCCACCCAUUGUAGUUCCUUCAACAAUUGAAAGCCUCCAAGAAGAUCUAAGAAAGAUGAAGAAAUCAAGAGACCAUUGGAAGAAGAAGUUUGAAUAUUCUGAUAAGGAUGCUGCUAUUGCCAAAUAUGAAAGAGAAAGUACAAGGAAGCAAAAGGAAGAAGCCCUCUCUCCAAAAGAAGCUGCAUGGAAGAGUAUUGUUGAGAAGCUAGAAAAGGUCAAGCUGAAGAAGAAGAAGACUCAAGAUGAUAUGGAUACUUCUCACUAA